GUGAAAUACCACGUCCCCUCAAUUUUGCAACGUCAUCUCUCUGCGACUUGUAUCUGCAACCACCACGAACGAUGUUGUUAUUGAUGCUCCUUGACAAUAUUGAGGAUCUUGUUCUGGUGACAUGCUCAUCUUUGCUUGGCUGCUGUUGACAAAUAAUCGUAUCAUGUAGGCCAGGGAUCUCCAACCCGGUUCCUGGAUAGAGCUAACCUGGCGCUUUCUCCAGUCCAGAGAAAGGAGCAUAUGAAAGACAAGGCCAAAGAGCGAGUGAAGGGAGAAAUAGGGUCCCACAAAGGAAGAGGCUGAGCGGGGCAGGGAGAAGGAGAAGGGACGCAAAGGACGUAGCUCCACUGGGAGCAGCAGUAAGGCCCUCUCCCUGUCAGAACGUAACUCUGGCUCCAGUUCUUCCAGCGGCUCCAGUUCCUCCUCUGCCUCGAACCGCUCCAGGUCUUCCAGCUCCCGAUCCUACAGCUCCUCGGGGUCACCCAACCUCAUUCGCCGCCACAACAACAACCACCAAUGCUCGCAGUCCAAAUCCAAGGAGAGGCGUAGGAGGAGCCCCAGCCCCUGACCCACCAAGGUGUACCUGGGCCGACCUCACCAGAAACGUAAUCAAGGGACACAUCCAGGAGAUCUUCGGCACAUAUGGCAAGAUCAAAAUGAUUGACAUGCCUGUGGACAGGCUCCACCCACACCUGUUGAAAGGUUACACCUACAUGGAGUUUGAGAUGGUCGUUGAGGCAGAGAAGGGUCUCAAACACAUUGAUGGAGGUCAGAUUGAUGGACAGGAGAUCAUAGCCCCCCUCACAGGAUGCCUCCACAAUGUGGUGACGCACCCCAUCCCGCAUAAGGAGAAGGUCUCGGUCACCACGGAGACGCUCUCCGGUUCGCCGCAGAACUCGCUUGCUCCCCCGGUUGCAGACGCCACAGCUCACGCGCCAGCUCGAACUCCUCCAGGUAGAGCUGCCUGGAACCCCUGACCUCACAGCUCCCCUCCUCCCUCAUUUUCCAUUUCUUCACUGGAAAAGUUUGUAUCUGAAGUUCUACCCAGCUUCCUAUCAGUGUGUCCUUCCCUCUAAUGAUCACUGACCUCACAGGAAAAAACAUGACUAUUGAGACAGCCUUUCUCUCACCAUAGUAUAUUUUUAUUGGUCUGUAAGCAUAAUAAUAGUUGCUAGGAUACAUCUGAGGCAAGCUAGCACUGUCAAGAGGAGUGAAAUGACCCCCGACCCUCCUCUCAAGCCCUUGUGAUUUAUCCUAAAGAGCUAAAUGGUGGUUGACAGAAUUCAAAUUUUUGUGGAACUUUUAUAGUUUUGUACAUUGAGUGUUUUUUGUUUUCAUAUGCAACUGUUUUUAGUUUGAGGCCAGCUUGACAUGUGCGGCCUGAUUUUUAUUUGUCUUGACAAUAAAACGAAUGAGGCUCGGAAACAA